AUGGCUGUCCUAGCUUGUGAGUUUAUUGAGAUUGAUUGCACACAAUUAUAUGGAUCGAUCUUCUCUGUUGGGAAUUCAAUCAAGGGAAAGGUGAAAAAACUCUGCAGCAUAUUCGAAUCCACCAAAUUCCCAACAUCAGUUCUGGAUGAAUCGCAAUCGCAAUUACAAUCGCCUACCAAAUCGAUCGAAUCCGAUUCUAGGGUUUCUUUGUUCACGACCAACCCUCUAAUUCGAUUGCCGGGUACUGAAGAUCGAAUUGUCGUCUAUUUCACCAGUUUGAGGGGAAUUCGGAGGACGUUCGAGGAUUGUUGUGCUGUGAGGAUGAUAUUGAGGGGAUUUAGGGUUUUCGUCGAUGACCGCGACAUUUCCAUGGAUUCAACUUAUAGGAAAGAGUUGCAGAGUGUUCUGGGCAAAAAGAAUGUGACUUUGCCACAAGUGUUCGUCCGAGGGAAGUACAUUGGAGGUGCUGAUGUGAUCAAACAGCUUCAUGAGGUUGGUGAAUUGGCCAAAAUUCUCAGUGGACUUCCGAUUCAAGAACUUGGGUUUGUCUGCAAGGGCUAUGGGGAUGCCAGGUUCAUUCCGUGCUCGAAUUGUAGUGGAAGCAGAAAGGUUUACGACGAAGACGAAGACCAGUUGAAGAGAUGCCUGGAGUGCAAUGAGAACGGGUUGAUCCCGUGUCCAACUUGAUGUUCUUCUAGAUAAUAUAAUAUAUAUCACCAUCUGACCUUAACUUCUUCAACUUUGAUGAAGGUUUUUUUUUUUUUUUUUUUUUUUUUUUUUUUUUUUUUUUUUUUUUGCACUUGGAGAGGGGAGCAGUUGCAGUUGGAGAAGGAAGAAGAAAUUUUGGACUCAAUUUACAAACAGGGCUACAACGGUCAUAUUGCAAAGGUAGUUAUGGAAUUAUAUUAGAAAGUAA